GCUGCGGAACCUUUGAGCCGGUGUUCGGUUUCUACACGGACAUUUUCUUGCAAAGGCUCGAAGUGCCAACCAAGAUGGAAGUGAAAAAUGCUAAUGCUGCUAUGCUCAGCAACUAUGAGGUGUUUAAACUCCUGACAGACCUGAAGGAACAGAGGAAGGACAGCGGGAAGAACAAGCACAGCGUCGGACAGCAGAACCUCAACACCAUCAUGUAUGAGACGCUGAAGUACCUGUCGAAGACGCCGUGCAGCAGACAGAGUCCUGAGAUCGUCAAGGAGUUUCUCACCACCAUGAUGCCUCACAAGCUCACAAAGGCAGAAAAACUGCAGCUACUAAACCACCGGCCACAGACUGCAGUGGAAAUGCAGCUACUGGUAGAAGAGAGUGAAGAGCGGUUAUCAGAGGAGCAGAUUGAGGAACUCAUCCAGACAGUCGCAGACGUUCUGCCCGGCGACCCGGAGCAGGAAAACGCAGCGCCGGCAGACGCAGAGAUGGAUGAAGGCAGUGAACAGUCAUGACACAGUGACAGGCCAGAACUGACCCAUGUGGGAGAACAAGAGAAAAAGCUAAAUUGUUGCAGAACUGGACUUUGUCCUGCGCUGUUUGAACUGAACAACAUGCCGCCAGACGACAUGCACGGUGGCUGAAAUCAACCUUUGAGAUCACAUUAAGAUGACUCUUUAAAUGAAUAGAAGAAGAGAAGCAGGUUGUUUCAGAGUUACACUGACAUUUAUACUUCCAGCUGGAUUCAAAUCAAACAUGCACAUACUUUUAAGUUCAGGGUUCUGGACAGUGAAUCACACUUCUGCCUCUGACUUGUCUCGUUUGUGUUUCACAGCAGAUAACGUUUAUGCAGAGAUUUAUUUUUGGUUUCUGUCUUCAUGUUAGUCAUCAGGUUCUUCCACUGUGUAUAGAAAUAACGUCUCUUACUGAUGUAUGACUUCCUAAACUGGGAUAUCAGUCGUGCAAUUAAACCUGCAUGAACAUGAGGUCAGACAGUGUUAUUAGAGUGGAUGUGUGGUAAGAAAGAGUAGACAGGAGGGACCCAGAGGUGAUCAUUGACUCUUAUUCAUAAGUAUAGAUGUUCUUCCUCUUAUUUUUUUUAAACAUGUCAAUCUUUUCCCGCUGUAACAAAGUGAAGCUGAACUGUUUCUGCAGCUUUCUGUUGUUUUAAGCAACAUGGUCAACCAGCAGAAAAUGAAUAGAGCUUUACCUGAACUGUUCAUGUGCUAAAAGAAAUAUUAAACAAGGCGUUAUACCUCG